AUGUGUAAUUGGUGUUGUAAGAAAAAGAAUGAAUGUCUUUGUUCCGAAUAUAAUAAAGAGAAGCCUCCACAUGAGAACUGUAUUACUGUGGAAAAAAGUAAUGAUGAAUAUAAUGAAUGGAAAAAUAAAUGGGAAUGGGGGAGCACUUAUCAUAAAAAUUAUAAAUGGUAUGAAUUAUGUUAUGAAGCUAAAUGGUAUAGUAAAUGUACUAGUCAUAAUUUUUAUGAUUGUAGGUAUAGGAAAAUGGAAACAGAACCAUUUGUGAAAAAAGUUAAAUGUUUGUUUUGUUCUAAGAAAUAUUCUCGAAUAUAUUAUAAUGAAGGUUUCUUAUGUUUGAAAUCUCUUCAUGAUGAUGAUCCUAGGCGUUGGAAUCCCAAUUGGUAUAAAGAAAAUAAUUAG